AUGGCCCGAGGACGGGGAGGAGCCCUGGACGCGCUCCCCCACCGGCGGCCGCCCGGCGCCUGGGAGCAGUUCGUCCUGGAGCCGUGCGUGUUCCUCGCGCGCAAGCUGUACACGUGGCAGAAGACAACACUGAUUUCCGGCCCGCCGCCGCCGCCGGCCGACCCCGUGUCGGUGGUCUGCAUCUCGGACACGCACAACACGCAGCCCGCGCUGCCCGCCGGUGACAUCCUCGUGCACGCCGGCGACCUCACGCAGUCGGGCUCGUUCGCCGAGCUGCAGGCUGCGCUGCGCUGGCUCGCCGCCCAGCCGCACCCCGUCAAGAUCGUCGUCGGAGGCAACCACGACGACGCCGCCGCUACCGUCGUGUGCGCCCGCAACGGCCGCCGCCUGCGCGUCCACGGCAGCCCGGGCUCGCCGCGUAAUGGCGAUAGCUGGGCGUUCCAGCACGCGCGCACCGACGGCGAAGAAGUGUGGACGGGCAUCGAUACUGAUACUGACAUCGACAUUCUCGUAACGCACGCCCCGCCGCGCGCACACCUCGACCUCGUGCACCUCGGCUGCGCGCACCUGCUGGCCCUGCUCUGGCGCGUGCGGUCGCGCCUGCACGUCUUCGGCCACGUCCAUGCCGGCGCCGGCACGGAGGCGCUGUGCUUUGAUGCGCUGCAGGCUGCUUACGAGCGUACUGUGCUCGCGCGUGGCGGGGUUGGGAAUCUUGUGUGUACUGUUGUUGCGGCUGUUGCCGCGUGGUGGGUGUUUUGCGGUUUUGGUUUUGGACGGAGGCAAGCGCGCGAGGCAACGACUCUGCUGGUUAACGCGGCCAUGGUCGGCGGGCUGAGGGAUGAUGAGCUGAGGAGCGCUGUGAGGGUGGUGGUUUGA